CCUCCUGUCACCAUGCCGGACCAGAAGUUCUCGUCCGAGCCAGGCCAACAGGCCCCGAGCAGCGGCAAAGCCCCUCGCUCAUGGGUCCCCCGCGCGUGUGAUCGUUGCCGCAAACGCAAGGCUCGAUGCGACCAACAGGUUCCAUGCAGGAACUGCGCCGAGGCGAAUGUAACUUGCACACACGACGCGCCGGUGCUCAAGCGCGGACCGAGGCCAAAACCCCGUAACCGCGAUGUCGAGUCGCGUCUCCGUAACCUCGAGUCCUUGCUCGCCUCAAUCUCCAAUGGCAACUCGUCGGCGGCCCUGACGCUUUCGCGGAGAGAGUUGGACCAGAUCCGUGUCGCCGCCCACAUCACCCCUGGACCCGAGACAUCACCUGGAUCAGAAAUGAACGAGGCCGCGGCUAACCGAGAAACUAAGCCUUGGGUUGGCACUCCGAGUGAGCCAAACGCGACACCCAACCCCAACACCAACUCGACGCCCACUGCCCCGCCUGUCCCCACCCCCUCGAUGAACGCCAACCACUUGCCGCCCAACGCCAACGGCGGUGCCCCGGUGGAUGGCAACUAUGUCCCGUCGAUCAUCUUUGACCCAUUCGGCGUUCCAGGUCCGAGCCAGCAGCAGAUCCCGAACGCCAUGGUCUCGGGAAUGAACCAGACCCUGGGACCGGCCGUCAAUGACCCAACACUGUACCAGGGGAUGCGCAGCCCGCAGCACAAGCAGGGCGGCAAGGACCUGCUGUAUCGCGACGCUGAAGGCCAGACCAAGUGGCUCGGCCCAAGCUCUGGCAUGCCGCUGUUGGAGAGGCUCAAAGUCAACGGCAACUUUAACCCGCCAUUGGAUGAUAACGGGAACGCAAUGACCGACGAGUGGAUGUCCCUCACCAACGCCAUCGGCGUUGAUGUCGGCAACGCGCAGCAUAUCAAUGACUUCACCUCCGCCAAUCCAUCUGCAGCGGUGUCUCCCUCCAGCUCUAACGACGACUUUAUUUGGGAGCGCGUCACCAACGUGGUGCCAUCAGAUCUUGUCGACUCGCUGGUGCGCUCGUACUUUACUAUCUCCCACCUGCUUUGGCCUAUCCUGCACGCCCCGACGUUCAUGCAGUCCUACGUCGACCCCGAGCACCGGAAGAACCCGUCGUUCGUUGCGCUUGUUCUCUCGAUCUGCUCCCUGUCUUCGCGCUACACCCCAGACGACAGGUUGCGGCAGGUUAGAAAGACAGGCAACAUGCUGGCGUACGACCUGAUCGAGCUCGCUAAAGAUAUCACCGCACAGGCGUCGGCCGAGCGGUCAGAUCUGUACAUCGUCCAGGCGCUGUUCAACCUUGCUGUUGUGCAGGAGGGCACUGCCCGCACAAACCAGCUGUGGACGUUCCUCUCACAGGGUGUGAGCAUUGCCCUCGACCUCGGCCUCCACCGUCGCAAGGACGAAUACAACUUCAAUGCCGUCGAGAUGGAGGAGCAAAAGCGCACCUUCUGGGCUUUGUACUGCCAGACCGUCCAGGCAUCCUGCACAUACGGCCGCCCACCGAUGCUCCGCCUCAUCGAUAUCGACAUGGACGAGCCAGCGGCUGUCGACGACGUGUACAUUUCAGUCGACGGCGGUAUCGGCACCCAGCCUCCUGACCGUCCAUCAGUCAUGGCAGGUUUCGUCGCCGGUGUUCGUCUCCACAUGAUCCUGGAGCGCACCAUCCGCCGUGUCAACAUGGUGACCCGCCCCGUGGAGAGCAUCAACCCUUCCUUCCUCGACCUCGUCUCUGGAGGAACCCUGCGGACAUACCGCAUCCCAGAUGAACUGGAGCUUCUCCCUCAUGUCACGGACGGGUUGGUGGGCGACUGGUCGUUUUCUCCUUCGACUGUCUCCGACUCAGACUCUGUUCGCUUUUUCCAGCGCACACGCGUGUUCACGCUGCAGCAAUUCAUCCGACUGCUGUCUGCUCGGCACCGCUUCACCGAGCUGCUUGCUCAGCCAGAAGGGCCCGGUUCGCCAGGGACGUCGGAAGAGCAGGCUGUCCUGCAGCAGAUCACGCAGUCUGCUCUCGGCAUCAUCGGCACGUAUUCGAUCAUCGACACACAGGCUCGCCUCGACUACUUUGGUGCCCACGCCAUUUCGCAAUUGACUCAGGCCGGCGCUGGUCUCAUCGGCGUCAUCUUGCAUGUGCGCAAUUCGCCUCCAUCAGGCGACAACGUCCUACAGGUUGCGCUGCAGGGUCUCUGCGCGUCCAUCCUAGUCCUUACGAAGCUCGGCCAGCGCCGCCCGGCAGGCAACCGCUCGGCAGAGCUACUCAUCGAGUUUGCUAGAGCGUGUCGCAUCACAAUACCCGGCUUGCCAGACGGGGAACAACUUGCUGCCCCUGGCUCGGUCGAGGUGCCGAUGCUGCGCGCGUUGCCGCGGCGAGCAAACUCGAACACGCAGGUCAAGGGUGAGGAUGCCCUCAGCCAGGCUCAGUUCGAUGAGUGGCUUGGGAUAGCGCUCCAGGGCGCUCCAGAUGUGUGGAUGAACGCCGAGCAGCAGGCCAGCUAUGCGGCGGACCAAGCGGCGUUCGCCUUGUAAACUAGGGAGUUCUCAUUCAUUGUGAAUAGCCUUUGGUGGCGCUACACAGCGCCAGCGUUCCAGUGAUACGGAUCUUGGUACCAAUUUGGUUGAUAUAGCGCUCAAAGCGCGUUGUAUGAUGCAGUGCUAUUGUGGCUGAGC